AUGGAGCCUUCCCCAUUUAAUAGAAGACAAUGGGCUUCACAGUCUUUGAAAAUCACUGCGAAAGAGCUUUCUCUAGUCAACAAGAAUAAGUCAUCAGCUCUUGUGGAAAGGUUCUCCAAGUAUCAGAAAGCAGCUGAAGAAGCCACUGCUGAGAAAAAAAGAAGUAGCACAGAGAAUCUUCCCCCUCAUUUUAAAAGGGGGAGUCUGAGUGUCCUGAAGAAGAAGUGGGAGAAUCCGGAGCUGGGAACUGAGUCUCGGAAGGAAACGCUACGAAGCAGCUGCGCUGAGGUUAGGCACAAGGUCGCCAGCCCCGGAGCGGGAGUUGGGAGCAGCCCCGCUUCUCCCCAAGCCACGGAGCAAGCCCUGGGCUCUGCUGCUCCGUCCGACCCCCCGGGCACCCCUGGCCAGCUGCAGUGUCCCGCUGGUGACAGCCGAAAGCUGGGAAGCCACUUGCCCCAGAGUGGUAAAAUGGAAAACUGUCUGAGAGAGCCCAGGGAAGUGGAAAAGCUUGAAGCCAGUGAAAGCACAGACUCUGCAGGGAAGAUCGAGAAAUACAACGUUCCGCUGAACAAGCUCAAGAUGAUGUUUGAGAAGGGUGAAGCCGCUCAGACCAAGGUCCCCCGAGAGCAGAGGAGGACAGCAGUCGGGAGGAGGAUUUCUGAGAACAGCCUCUCUUCGGAGGACUUCGAUGUUGGCCAGGGAGAGAAGAGCCACAGUACAUCAGGGCAUCUUGGAGAUACUAGUCCAGCACUCAGCCCUGAUAAGGCAGAGACCAGGAAAAGCCUGGAGAUGCCUCGCUUAACAGAAACUUCAAUAAAGGAUCGACUGGCAAAGUACCAGGCAGCUGUGUCCAAGCAGGGCAGCCCCUCACCCCUCAUUACCACGAAUGAGAUUCAAGCCAGUGACCUCGAGAAUUACAAAUGUGAGCAGAAGGAGAAUAUGCCACCAAGGCUUGAGGACUCCAUCUCCUGUCAGGAUGGGGAGAAGGGUUCUGUAGGGGAGAACAGCUUACCUUUCCACUCUCGUCUUCUAGAGGACGGCAAUGUUGGACAGAACUUGGAGAGCGAGACAGAAGUUCAGAAACCUGUCAGCACAAAGCAGCAGAACUUUGGUUCUAAACCAGCUGGCCAGACAGAUGGAUCUCUGCCAAAAGCAGUGAAGAAAUUUCAGUUGCCAAUGAAGGAAACCUGCGUUGGGUGUCAGAAGACUGUGUACCCGAUGGAGAGGCUCUUUGCCAACCAGCAGGUCUUUCACAUGAGCUGUUUCCGCUGUUCCUAUUGCAACAGUAAGCUCAGUCUUGGGACGUAUGCAUCUCUGCGUGGAAAUAUUUACUGCAAGCCUCACUUUAAUCAGCUUUUCAAAUCUAAAGGCAAUUAUGAUGAAGGCUUUGGACACAAGCAGCAUAAGGAAUUAUGGGUAGGCAAAAGUGAAGGUGACGAAUCCCCGGAGAAAACUGUCCAUGGUGUAAAUGCAUCAGAAAGUCCGCAAAGCCCAGGAGUAGAGGAUGCCCCAAUUGCAAAAGUAGGAGUUCUGGCAGCAAGUAUGGAAGCAAAAGCUUCAGCUUUGCCUGAAAGAGAAGAGAGACCAGCAGAAACAAAAAAGCUCAGGAUUGCCUGGCCGCCUCCAUCUGACCAAAGUAUUCAAGGAAGUGCCUUAGAUGAGGGUAUCAAAGUACUCAAACCCAAAUGGCCCCCAGAAGAAGAGAUUUCCAAGCCAGAUGUGCUGGAGGAUGUGGAUCUGGAUCUCAAAAAGUUACGAAGAUCUUCCUCACUGAAGGAAAGAAGUCGUCCCUUUACAGUCGCAGCCUCAUUUAGAACAAUAUCUGUGAAAGGCCAUAAAACAGAGAAUUCGCCUUCUCCUCCCAAGGCAGAGAGAGACAUGUUGAAAAGAAGUGAGGAACUGGAGAGAGAGAUUGUUGUGGACAAAAAGCAAAAGGAGAAGAAGGUUGAGAACAGGAACAUCCAGAGUGCUGAAGAGAAAAAUGUAGAGGACGAACAGGAGUUGUCUGGUAUCAAAACAGUAGAGCACAACUUUGUAGAAAAUGGCCAGGUGAAUGCAGAGACAGAUGAGGAAGAGCAUGCUAUGGAAGAGCAGGAAAUGCCAAAUGAAGAAUUCCUCGAACCAAAUUCUCCUAAACAUUCCAACUUAGCCAACGUCGUGACUGCUAAGGAAUCAUCUCCUAACCAGAAUCGCAAAUCCCAAGAUGUUGGGUUUUGGGAGGGUGAAGAUAUGGAAGAUCUAUCUGUGGAAGAACAGAUCAAAAGGAAUCGUUACUAUGAAGACGAUGAUGAAGAAUAA